UGUUAAACAGUAUACACUAUUCUGAUAAUCUGAAGUUGAAGCAGGAUGGGAACGACCAAGUAUGGAAAUUUUGAGGAGGUGUUGUCGAAUAAAGUGAACCGUCUGGCGCAGUUCACAUUGGAAGGGAAAUGGAAAGAGGUUGAGGAGAUGUACAAUGAAUACCCAGCGUGUCACACGGCAAAGAUUGACGAUUUCGUCGGCACUGCACUACACGUGGUGGUGGAUUUGGCCGAAGAAAAGUUGGUUGAAAAGCUUGUGAUAGCCAUUAUCAGACACAAGACGAGGAAGGCUCUGAAAGUGAAGAACUAUCGAGGGGAUACAGCUCUGCAUGUUGCUGCUUCCAGGGGUUUCACAAAGAUAUGUCAGAUCAUCGUAGGAGAGAAUCGGAAGAGGAUUUACUUAGCGAAACUCAAGAACAAAGAUGGAGAGACUCCUCUCUUUCAAGCCGCUCUCAACUGGAAGAAACAGACCUUUGCUUAUCUUUCUUACCUUUACGGCCACAGCGCUCCCAUGCAAGAUCUUGUGCGAUACAACGGUGACAGUAUUCUUCACUGUGCUAUCAGGAGAGAGUACUUCGAUUUGGCUGUGAUAAUAGUGCAUUACUAUGAUUUUCUUAGCACACAUUUGAAUGAAGAGGGAUUCACACCUCUUAAAGUCCUUGCAACCAGGCCCUCGGCUUUCAGAAGUGCUACCAAACUUUCAUGGUGGAAGCAAAUCCUGUACCACUGUAUGAUUGUGGAACCAGUGAUCCCUGAUAGACAAAUGAAGAAGAUUUUGAAAAAGAUGUAGAAGAAAUCAAAUGACUCAAAAUGUAGUUAUCCAGAGAACUAUACCACAUUAUGUGAAUUCAUUGCUUGAUUCAAAAGUCUUGGUGCUCUAUCUGGUAACGGGUUAUAUACUAACUAGUUUGUUUUUUUCUUAAUUCUGGGGACUAGUUUCUUAAUACUCAAUCUA